GAGAGGCUUGACGUUGAAGCACCAGAGGAGAGAGAGGCAAGAAUACAGACCAUCCUCUCGUCUUUGAAUAGCUCUCAAAAUACAGGCGAGGCAACGAAUGCCCCUAUUUCAUUGGACUUUGGGAAUCGUGCCACAUUUCCUGUCGAACCGCCUUCUGAACUCCUUGCUCGUAUAGAGGCAUUUCUACCAGCACUCGAGGCUUCCAACUCCCAGCUCUUGCAGCAGGCAGAAAAUGACCCCCGGAGCGUCGACAUUGAACAUCUCAACAGAGAAGAGGGGAGGUAUAUUCAAAUGGAUCUAGGGCUCGGGGUUUUUGAAGAGCGACGGGCGGAUGCAGGCAGCGAUGACAGCUACACCUCUGAC